GCUGGGCUCACUCAGUGUAAGCAACAACAACAGAUAACAAAACAAAUAAAAUAUACGCUGCAUUCAGUUAAUACAAACAAACAGCUUGUUUAACGUCUCAGCGUGUGACGAAAAUGCAAAUAUUUAGCUAAUGAGAUUCGCUGACGUCAAGUGCCGUAAUGUCCAGGUCAGUGAUCUGUCCCCUGAGUGUAGGGGCCACGGCUCCUGAGUCUCUCUCCAUCUUACAGAGCCGUCUUAAGACAGCGGAGCAGCAGACGGAAGAGUUAAUGAGGAGUCUGGGCUCCUUGGGAGCGUCUGCGGAUGAGCUGCUAGUGAACUCUUUGGAUGGGGGCCCAUCGACGCGUCCCAUCAGUCCUGUAAACAUCCAACGGGCCCUGAGUGCUGGAGGAGAAGGUUUGCUGUGGAGACAGUGUGAAACGCUUGUUGCACGUGUGUGCAGACUAGAAAGUGUUUUGCACGCUCUGAAACUCACUACCUUCCGUCUGGAUACGGACAGACAGCUCAAUCCAUGCCACACGGCGCGUCUGCAGGAGCGAUUAACCGCGCUGCAGGAGCAGCAUGAGGAGGAGCAGCGUUCUUCACGGCGGGAGGUGCUGCAGUUACAGGAUGAGCUGCAGAGGGCCUGUGAACAGAGACAGGAGGCGCAGCGGGAGAUGUUCAGACUCAGGGAGGCGCUGGAGAACAACACCUCUGCUAAAAUGAAGGAGCAGAUGAUACAGGAGACCACAGCACACUUGGAGGCCGAGCAAUCCCACAGUGCACUGCUGCUGAGAGUAAAGGAGAUGGAGAGAGUGGUAGAGAGGGAGAGAAGACAGGUGGAGGUUCUUCAAGCAGACUGUCAUGCCUUACGUACUGAUGGACAGGCAAACAGGGCGGAGCUAAAGAAGAGGGAGGAGCAAAUUCUAGGCCUGGAAAGAGAGUGUCAGGCACUUCGAGACCAAUCGGGAGUGAAAGAGACUCUGAUGUCUCAGCUGACCAAAGAGAUCAAGAGUGUGAAGGCGGCUCUGCAGAAACAGCAGCAGGAGAACAGCACACUCAUCAGAGAUGGACGAGACCUCAGAGCAGCUGCAGAUCAGGUCCAGGUGUUGAAUGAAAAGUUAGAGGUUCAGUGUUCAGAGCUGAGCACCACACUUCAUUCAUUAACACUGGAAAACACACGACUACAGACAGAGUAUCACAACAAAAUUAAGGCGGAGCGAGAGCGUGUGUCUAAACACCUCGAGGAGCAGGAUCUGCUUUUAGACACAGCCAGGAGGAACAUCCAAGCUGAACUACAGGGCACGAUAUCAGAGAAACUCACCCUGCAGAAACAACUGGAGGCACUGAAGGCAGAUCACGCCAAACUGCAGCAGAGUUCCACCAUUUCCCAGGAGACAGCUGUCAGUCAUCAGCAGAUGCUGGAACGCACCAUCGAGAGCCUUCAGGGUGAUCUCAGCUGUGCCGUGAAAGAUGGAGAGACCCUGAGAGAAGAGAGAGAUCGGAUAAAGAGUGAGAUGAACUCCGCAGUCGUUUUGCUGGAAAAGGAGAAGAACAUUCUAGAAACACAACUGUCAGAGAUGAAGGUGGAGUUGACCAUGGUGAACUCAGCACUGCAGAAACAGAAGGAGGAGAACAAGGAGCUUAUGGAGAGCCUGGCAGCCUUGGAGCAUCAGCAGGUAACUCAUCGUCAGGUAGAACAGAUGCUCUGGGACAUGACAGACAGCAAGAACAAACUGGCCUACGAGAAGGGCAAGUUGCAGGCACGAGUGCAGCAGAUGGCCGCUGACUUGAAGACAUUGAAAGCAGAAUGUACUCAAUACUGUCAGAGCAACACUGCACUGCAGAACACUUACACACAGAUGCAGAGAGAAAAUCAGACACUAAAAGAGCAACUCUGUGUACUACAGCAGCAGCACAGAGACACGAAUGAAGUAGCACAGACACUGGAGAACGUCUUGUCGUCUCACACUCGUCUGCAGCAGAACACACAAACACUGCAUGCAGAGCUGAGAGAGAAAGCACAGGAACUACACACACUCAGGAGUGAGAGACUGCAGGCUAUGAAAGAGAUUCAGCGGCUUGAAGCUGAAGUAGAGAAUGACAAUGCAAAGAACAAUGAGAAGGUUGAAUCUUUGCAAAAAGCACUUGAAGAAGCUCAGCUGGACAACAGGAAACUUGGCCAAAGUUUAGAGCAGGCCUUACGGGAAAACCACAAUGUACAGGAGAAACUAAAUGCACUCAGUGAGAGCAGUGAGGCAGAGCUUAAAAAGGCGAGGGCAGAGAUUCAUCGAUUGACAGAACAUGUAGAUUCACUCAAGAACUUGCUCAAAAGAGAAAAAGAUUCUGGGAGAAAGUCAGCACAGAGGCUGAAGAAGGCACUAAAUGAUGCGUCGGCAAAAUCAGGUGACCUCUUACAAGCCAAUCAGGAGCUUCGAGUGAAGGUGUCUGAGCUGGAGAAGCUGGUGUCCAAUCAGAAGUCUCAGCUGAAUCACUAUCUGGACAACAGAACAUCACUGAAUCACUGUUUGAGAAUCAAAGAUUUGGAAGCAGAAAUUAAAAGUCUUGAAGAAGCAAAGGAUGAAUAUAAGAAGAGGAGUUACGAACAGUCUCAGUCUUUGCUCCAGCUGCGUUCUGAGAUGGUUUCUCUCCAGUCUGAGCUGCAGUGUCUGUCUUCCACUCAGCAGGGGGAGCUACAGGCCGAAAGAGAUCUCAAUCGCACACUGCAGGAGAAAUGUCGGCACCUGGAAGAAAGUUUGAAACGGCUCCAGGAUGAGAGGGAUGAGGCAGAAGUGAGACUCAGGGAAGUUUGUUUGGAGUCACAGCAGAUCACAGAGAACAUGGAUGAGGACCACAGAGGGCUCUGCUCUAAAUCGGAGAGCUUUAAUGGCCAGGCUGAGCCACAGAAACUCACAGAGAGCUUGUGCAGGGUGGGAAGAGACGGCCCACGACCCACUACAGCUCAGACUCGCGUUUGCUUUUUUGACCCUGAACUGGAGCCCUGGGCGUCAGCUUUACAGCGCUGGGAGAUCAAGAAAGAGCUGGGACGCAUCGCCGGCAGUUACAAACCCAAAAGACACCCCACAACAAAGUUAUUCAGUUGCAAUUAAAACAAGGUCAACCUCUUAUACCUGCUUAAUGAAACCACAGAAAGUGCAAAUAUAACUGCGAGGGAGGUGAGGUCUUGCUGUAAGAAAGGAACCACCUCUAUUUUCUGUGUGCAUAUUGAGUUAUCCUGUUUAUAUAAUUGUUUUUAUUGGUGCGAUUAUUUUUUAUUUUUUUUUUUUUAUAUAUUUUUUUGCCAUUCAAAUAAAGCAAUUUGAACUGAAAAGACAAUAAUAUAGCAAUUGCAAUAUAAUAUAAUGUUUAUUUUAUUUUUAUUUAUUUAUUAUUAUCAUUGUGCAGUGUAUGCUGCUGUGACAUGUAAAUUUCCCCUUGGGAAUU